GAGCUCUAGAAGCUGGUGUAAUAUUAAAUUCUCCGUCGAGAUUACUCCUCUCUGUUGGCGUCGCCGACGACGAUCUACAGAUCGACACUCAGAGUGAGAGACGGUGGAAAUUUUGGAUUAGUGGAUUAAGGAGAGACAGAGAGAAAGAUGGCUAUGUCUCAGGUGGUGAACACGUACCCGCUUUCGAACUACAGCUUCGGAACUAAAGAACCAAAGCUGGAAAAGGACACCUCCGUCGCCGACCGACUCGCUCGUAUGAAAGUCAACUAUAUGAAAGAGGGCAUGAGGACUAGCGUUGAAGGGAUACUGCUGGUACAAGAACACAACCAUCCUCAUAUACUUCUCCUGCAAAUUGGUAACACAUUCUGCAAACUUCCAGGUGGACGCCUGAAGCCUGGAGAAAAUGAAGUUGAAGGCCUGAAAAGAAAGUUGACCAGUAAGCUUGGAGGCAAUUCGGCUGCGCUUGUACCUGACUGGAAGGUAGGAGAAUGUGUUGCGACAUGGUGGCGUCCAAACUUUGAAACCAUGAUGUACCCGUAUUGCCCUCCUCACAUAACGAAACCAAAGGAAUGCAAGAGACUCUUCAUUGUUCACUUGUCUGAGAAAGAGUACUUUGCAGUGCCCAAAAACUUGAAACUCUUGGCCGUCCCUUUGUUUGAACUCUAUGACAAUGUUCAGAGAUAUGGACCGGUUAUAUCGACCAUUCCGCAGCAGCUAUCGAGAUUCCAUUUCAACAUGAUUAGUUCGUGAUGCAACUCGGUGUCCAAGAACAAGAAACCUGUCUGGUGAUAAGUUAAGGCUGUAGCUACCGGUUUAGAGAUGAUGAUGGCGUGUGGAUUUUUACAUUAUAGACUUUUAUGUAGAACUGGUUUAAGUUUCAGCACAAACAAGAUCAUUGAUUUCAUUUCUAAACAAAGCAUUCGUCAUUAUUUUACUAACGUCUGUCUUGUCUAACCGUGAACCGGUUCAAGUUUUAUGUAGUGUUUCACUUGUUAUCUUUAUUUUGGUGCGAUGAAUGAGAAACGCAAACUAAGGCCAUGUUAAAAACUA